CCGCGGCGCAGUCGGCGGGCGGCGGCGGGGCAGGCGGCGUCUGUCCCCGGGCUCCAGCGGCCGCGUCGGGUCGGGAUCCUGGGCGACAUGGGCACCGAGGCGACGCGCGGGACGAGUCAGCUCCCUCUCCUCGCAUCGGUCAUCCUGUGCUCCCUGGCGUUGGGCAGGGGUGCUGUGUACACUUCGGAACCUGAAGUCAGAGUCGCUGAGAACAAACCCGCCAAGUUGUCCUGCUCCUACUCUGGCUUCUCCUCUCCCCGCGUGGAGUGGAAGUUUGCCCAGGGGGACAUCACCAGCCUCGUUUGCUAUAACAACAAGAUCACGGCUUCCUAUGAGGACCGAGUUACCUUCUCGCACAGUGGCAUCACUUUCCACUCCGUGACCCGUAAGGACACGGGGAUGUAUACUUGUAUGGUCUCUGAUGAAGGUGGCAACACCUAUGGGGAGGUCACCGUCAAGCUCAUUGUGCUUGUACCUCCAUCCAAGCCCACGGUCAACAUCCCCUCCUCUGCCACCAUCGGGAAUCGGGCAGUGCUGACCUGCUCGGAGAAAGAUGGCUCUCCCCCUUCUGAGUUCUACUGGUUCAAGGACGGGGUCCUGAUGCCCACAGAGCCCAAGAGCAGCCGGGCCUUCAGCAACUCUUCCUAUAGCCUGGAUCACAAGACAGGGGAGCUGGUCUUCGAUCCUGUGUCAGCUUUUGAUACUGGAGAAUACAUUUGUCAGGCACAGAAUGGGUAUGGGACACCCAUGAGGUCAGAGGCGGUGCGCAUGGAAGCUGCGGAGUUGAAUGUGGGGGGCAUCGUGGCAGCUGUCCUUGUCACACUCAUUCUCCUUGGAUUCUUGAUUUUGGGCAUCUGGUUCGCCUAUAGACGAGGCUACUUUGACAGAGCAAAGAAAGGGACCUCCAGUAAGAAGGUGAUUUACAGCCAGCCCGCCGCUCGCAGCGAGGGGGAGUUCAGGCAGACCUCGUCGUUCCUGGUGUGACCCUGGUCCGGCUCCUGUCCUGUCCCCUACGCUUGCCUUACUCUGGUGCUACCAGACUGUGGCCCGUGAUGUCUGUACUUCCGCAGGAUGCCUUAUGCGUCAUCUAGCCCCCACCUGGGUCCCCACUUUUAUCUUAGUUAGGAUGUGUUUUUUAAGAUACUGUCAGCUGUGUGCCCCUUCCUCCUGCGUCCCUCCCCUCCUUUCGCCACUUAUGUAAAGCUUUCAGUCCCCGUCCCUGUGAGGGAUCCAGCAGGGGUCCCGAGUGGCACCCGCUGACUUCCUUCCAAGUAGGUGGGUGAGGACUGGGGCAUGAGGCAGCAGGCCCUCUCCACCCCCUGUGUGUAGUGAUCUCGAGCUCAGGCCCUCAGUCCUUUUCUCCUGUGCUGAGGCGGUACCAGCCAUUCUAGAACGGAGCCGGGAGACCUGGAGACUGAGCAGGUGGUUCGGUGACAACCUCCAGUCCCUCCCACCUCUGCAGCCCACUUUCUUCUGUCUUCCCACGGGAAGUGCCACUGGGAUCCUCCUGCACCGUCCUGAGCACAACCAGACUGAUACCAACUGUGUCUGUAGGAAACAAAACAGAACAAAACACAAAGAAGACAAACAACAAACCCCAAACAGGAGCUUUCGCUAUGGAGAGCACGUGAGCUUCCAGGGGCCACGGAGUAGAAGAGUUUUCAGGGAAGCUGGAGCGGAUACUCAGGCCAUCGGCCUUCCCUUGGCUGCAACACCUGGAUGGACCCCUUGGAGAGGCCUCUGCAGGACUGUGGGAACAUGGGUAAUAGGUCUUAGCUCUUUGCUCUUUGCUGAGCGUGUGUGUGCGUGUGUGCAUGUGUGUGUGUGUGUCCAGGAAGACAAAAUUACAGCCUGUCAUGUGGUGUCUUAGCUCUGCCGAAUUUGAUCCAGUGUGUGGUGUUGGAGCUUCCGAGCUCCUUGGUGAGAUUUCGUUCGCGUGUGUCUGUCUGUAGCUUGAUGUUGCUGGAAACAAGAACUCGGUUUGUGAAAGCUUCUAGGUGGGGGAGGUGGGGGGAGCAAGGUGGAGAGGGGGAUGAGGUGCCUUUGUACAAACAGAAGAUGCCUGAAGCCCAGUUUCCCUGCAGCCUGGGCUUGGUCCUGGCUGCCCGGGCCACCCCAGCCUGGUUCCAGGCUUCAGGUGGUGCCUGAACCGCGGUCCCUCAGUCUAGAGCCCUCUGGUGGCAGGAGGAUCCCACCCAGCGAGAGGAGGAAGUGGGUGCCCACCCUCCCGCCGCCGCCAACCGCCUGCAUUAAGACUUCUCCAAGGCUGUGGGGAAACUGCUCCAGAGCCCGAGGCAGGAGGAUGCCUCUAAGCCUUUGGAAAACUCCUUCUUCUCGUAGUACAGUGGUCACCGCUAGUUUAAGCGGGUGCGAGCAGGGUGAGGUGCUGUCGAAGGAGAAGAUGCUCAGAGACCAGGUGGUGAGGCUGCCGGCACAGGAGGAAGUAAGGUGCACCUGCCUUUCAUUGCCUUCCUCGCUCCACCUGGACCCUUUCUGCCUUUAAAUUUCUGUCUCCCCAUCUGCCACAGACCCCCGGUCUAUUUAUUAACCAGCAAGACGGCAAAUAAGGCGUUUUCUAGGGUUGAUUUUUGCUUCUUUCUGUGGAGGACGCUAAGCCCCACUUUGCCAUGUUUUAUUCCCUUUUCUGGAAAGCCCUAACAGGAUUGAGUGGUCUAUUAAGAAUCCGGAAGAAAAACCCAAACCGACCAAACCAUCAGUUAAGGGUCAUGCUCCAAUAAGAAAAUAAAUAUUCCAGAUGGAAAUAAAAUUUAAUGAAACAAUAAAAGUAGAAAUUAUGAAACGGUUCAGUAAGAAUGAGAUUUUUAAAAGUAUGUUUCAGCUUUGGAUCCUGCUUGGGAGAUGGGGUGGGAGGGACGGAGAGAAAACCCCACAGGGAAGCAGAAGUGAUUCAGCAUUCCUUUGGCCAAGGUGAAUGGUUCCUCACUCCCUCAGUCACUUGGGGCGAGGAGGAGUCCUUUAUUACCAGCCUUGGAAUUCACCUCUGCAGCUUCCCACAGCCCCUUGGAGUUGGAAAACACCUUGUCUGUUUUCAUCUUGAAAUGUCAAAACUCAUUUUUGUAAUAAAUGUUUAUUUUUCACAUUGA